AUGAGUCUCAGGCGCGUCCACUUGAUCAGCGCUGUGCUAUGGCUCUGGAUCCUCCCCAUCAGCCAAGCCGAGUUCCCUUUGCUAUUCCCAGCCUCCUCCGUGUACCAGAUCACCUCCUCGCUGUCGGUGCCCGUUGUGAUUCCGGAUCGCAAGCUAUUCUGGGACUGGGGACUCCAGAUGAACUAUGCCUUACCAGUUCAGCCUGCGUCUUUCUAUGCAGCCACCAUUUGGCCAGAUGAGUUCUCUCGCCGGGGUAAGCGUCAGCUGAGGAAUGAGACGGCCAAGUACUUGCCAGGAGGAGAGCGAAGAGGAGUAACCUCCAUGCAUCCAAGUGACUUCUCGGCAGGAGAGCUGUACGAGAGUCUGGAAAGCAUGCUGGCGCGGUACGGCUUCGAUGAGUCCUGUUUGCUACGCAGCGUCUGUGAAUUAGCGAAACAUCCUUUCAAGGAUACGGAAAACAACAUGCUUACCGCUCUGCUGACCUUCACACUGACACCUUCUCUUCACGAAGCCUUUGCCCCUGGAGAAACCAUAUACCGGGAGGUGUAUGAGCAAGCCGAGCAACAAGGAUUCCUUGGGAAGGAUUGCUCCAGUCUAUAUGCCAGUUGCCCAAUGGACUUUCUCAGUGGCAUCAGUAGCUUAUUAAGCUAG